GCUGCGCGUUGACGUCAUCUCUGCGGAAAGGAGGGUGGGAGGAGGUUCGGCCAUCUUGGAGUCUUGGCAGAGCUCUGGAACGGGGAGCAGGGCAGGUCGGUCUUUUAUCACAAUGGGAAGAGGGAACUGAAGUCCAUCCAUCAUGAUCGGAGGACUCUUCAUAUAUAACCACAAGGGAGAGGUCCUGAUCUCCCGGGUAUACAGAGAUGACAUUGGCAAUAGAAGGAAUGCAGUGGAUGCUUUCCGUGUCAAUGUCAUCCAUGCCCGGCAGCAGGUGCGCUCUCCCGUCACCAACAUUGCUCGAACCAGCUUCUUUCAUGUGAAACGUUCCAACAUCUGGCUGGCAGCAGUCACCAAACAAAAUGUCAACGCCGCCAUGGUGUUUGAGUUCCUGUACAAGAUGUGUGAUGUCAUGACGGCGUACUUCGGCAAGAUCAGCGAGGAAAACAUCAAGAACAACUUUGUGCUGAUCUAUGAACUGCUUGAUGAAAUCCUGGACUUUGGUUACCCUCAGAACUCUGAAACUGGAGCACUGAAAACCUUCAUCACUCAACAAGGGAUUAAAAGUCAGCAUCAGACCAAGGAAGAGCAGUCUCAGAUCACCAGCCAGGUGACAGGUCAGAUUGGCUGGAGACGUGAAGGGAUCAAAUAUCGUCGGAACGAGCUGUUCCUGGAUGUACUGGAAAGUGUAAACUUGCUGAUGUCGCCUCAAGGACAAGUUCUUAGUGCUCAUGUAUCCGGCCGUGUGGUGAUGAAGAGCUACUUGAGUGGUAUGCCAGAGUGCAAAUUUGGAAUGAAUGACAAAAUCGUAAUUGAAAAGCAAGGCAAAGGAACUGCCGAUGAGACGGCCAAAACAGGGAAGCAAUCGAUCGCUAUUGAUGACUGUACAUUCCAUCAAUGUGUCCGCCUUAGCAAGUUUGAUUCUGAGCGCAGCAUCAGUUUUAUACCGCCGGAUGGGGAGUUUGAGCUCAUGCGAUACCGAACUACAAAGGACAUCAUUCUUCCAUUCCGUGUAAUUCCACUUGUGCGUGAGGUGGGGCGUACCAAGCUGGAGGUCAAGGUGGUCAUAAAAUCCAACUUUAAGCCAUCUCUCCUGGCUCAGAAAAUUGAGGUUCGAAUCCCUACACCGCUCAACACAAGUGGAGUACAAGUCAUUUGUAUGAAGGGGAAAGCCAAAUACAAAGCCAGUGAAAAUGCCAUUGUCUGGAAAAUAAAACGAAUGGCUGGAAUGAAGGAGUCUCAGAUCAGUGCUGAGAUUGAGCUUUUGCCAACCAAUGAUAAGAAGAAGUGGGCCCGCCCUCCUAUUUCCAUGAACUUUGAGGUCCCAUUUGCUCCGUCCGGACUGAAAGUUCGAUACCUGAAAGUGUUUGAGCCUAAGCUGAACUACAGCGAUCAUGAUGUGAUUAAAUGGGUUCGUUACAUUGGCCGCAGUGGGAUCUAUGAAACCCGUUGUUAAUGCAUCAGUAAUAGAGAGGAGGGAGUAGUGUCCAUUACUAAACCUGCCCUGAUAACACUACACAGUUGGGGUAACAGGGAACCCAACUAAAAACAAGAAGCGGGAGACAUUUCGCUUGUGCUCUGUGGGUGGAUAUUGCUCCUUUCCUUUCUUGCUUCUUCCGCCCAACCAUGACAGCCAUUUGGCUCCAUACCCCCCAUUCAGCGUGGAGGCUCUGUACACUGAUUCAGCAUUGAGAAGAUUAACAAGUUGCACGGAUCUCCUCGGUCACCUUGCUGCUGUGUGUUUUUGAAUAUCCUCUGCACAUGCAGCUGCUCUUGACCUUGUAUCGCCACCACCAUCUGUGAAUAUUGCUGGCCGAUAGUAUUUCUGAAUAAUGUAGUGUUUCCUGCACGCUUCCAUCAUAUCCCUCUUCUAGAUAGCAGCGUCUUGUUUACAGUGUCCCUUUUGUCAUUUCUGUUUGUCAUUCGAGCUUUUAAACACUGUCACAGGCCAGUCUAACAGGAGGGAGAUAAUGGUGUUAGAGCCCUGGCAGCAGGGUGUGGGAUGGACAACUGCUUUUCUGACUGACUGGAGAGUUUGUUCCAUCCCUUAUCAAUGUGGGAUGGAAGUUUGCUGCAAGUUCUCUGUGACCAAACUAAGGGGGUUCAUUGCAGUUGGACCAUUUCACAGUUCCACUUGCCAGCGAGGAAGAGCAGAUCAAACCUAGAAAUACAACAAGUGGCAUUCAUUAACAUGGAGUGCAAAGAAUCCAACAUAUCACUGCCGGAGACCAGUCACCGAUAUGGAAGCAGCAUAGAUGGGAUCUUACACCUUCCACUGACGUGACUUGUGUGGCUCUGUGACUUCUCUCUCGUCCCUGUUCUCCUUGUGCUGUGAUUUGCUCUGUUUUUUUCUUUGUGAUGGUCAAAUUAUAAACCCAUUAAACAGUGUAGAAAACGAAACUUG